UGAAGAGUUUUGUUUUCAUCAUCCACGGACUCCCAGGCGAGUUGAGUCUGAUGUGUGUGGUUUAAGCGCUGCUCUCCACUCUGUCUGGGCCCUUUUGUGGUAGUUAAACAUGGCUACAGCCAUCGCCAGACACAAGCAGUACACUCAUGACUACCAUAGUAAACAUUCAAGAUACGUGGUGAAGGAAUACUCCAGCUCUGAAGCUGAAGAAGUGAGAUAUGAAUACAAAACAGUGAAGAAUAUCCAGAAUGUGGUGCACAGGAAGAUUCCAGACAAGUACAUCCGUGAAUCCUCCAUGAUCAGGGGCCCCAAGUUUCUGGUGCGCCUCAGGUCACACACUGUGUUUGAAAAUACUCCUGUGAAGCUGUUUUGCAAAGUGGAAGGCUACCCAGCCCCAAAGGUCAAAUGGUACAAGGAUGAUGUCCAGAUCGACAUUUCUUCCGGGAGAUACUUUGUGGAAAGCAAUGCAGGACUUCACUGCCUGAACAUCAUCAAGUGUGGGAUUGAUGACACUGCCCAGUACACGGCGGUUGCUGCAAACUCUCACGGCCAGGCCUCCUCUCAGGCUGCAGUGAUCGUAAAGCGGAUCAAAGAUGAGGAGAAAUUCUGCCCUUUUUCUUGGAUGCCUUAUGAAUAUGCAAUUAUACCCGAGAUUAAAUACACAAAAAUCAACAUUGAGUUUCUGGAGACGUUCGAUGUGAAGUUUGGGAAAGAGGAAGACUGCGUGACUCUGUCCUGUAAGAUGACUAUAAGCCCCAAUCUUGCCAAUCUGCAGCCUGAAGCCCAGUGGUACAGAGAUGAGCACCUUCUGAAGGAGUCGAAGUGGGUGAAAAUGGAGUCUGGGGGAGGUGUCGCUAAGCUCACACUGACUCACCUCGCCAAGGAUGAUGAGGGUCUUUAUACCCUGCGUAUGGUGACCAAAGGAGGAGAUGCAGUGCACAAGGCUUACGUCUAUGUGGAAGAUGGUCCCCCUCCUGUUCCUCAGGCCCCUGGAGCCCCCAUGGACAUUAAGAUCCAUGAUGCAAACAGGGAUUAUGUCAUUGUGUCCUGGAAGCCACCCAACACCACGACCGAGGGCCCUAUCAUUGGAUACUUUGUCGAUAGAUGUGAGGUCGGAACAGAGGACUGGAUACAGUGUAAUGACUCUCCCAUUAAGAUCUGUAAAUACCCAGUGUCCGGCCUGUUCGAGGGUCACUCCUAUUACUUCCGCGUGCGUGCUGUUAACGCACGUGGCAUCAGCAGACCUUCGAGAAUGUCUGAAGCCAUCGCUGCAGUGGAUCCUACCGAGUUUGAAAGACUUCAUGUUGAAAGACUUGGUGGAAAACUUGAUGUGGUUGCCUAUCUUGAUGACCUUGAAGCUGAGGGAACAGCUCCUGGAGCUCCAUCCAAUGUCUACGCCUCUGAGACAGACCGAACAUAUGUUGUGCUCAGCUGGACCCCCCCGGUGUACAACGACAGGGCCCCCAUGUGGUACUACAUUGAGAAGACUCAGGUUGGCAGUAACUCCUGGCAGAGGGUGAACACUCAAGUGCCAGUGCGUUCGCCGCGCUACGCCGUCUUCAAUCUGGCUGAAGGGAAGGAGUACCUGUUCCGCGUACUCUCAGCCAACAUGUAUGGCAUCGGCGAGCCCUCCAAGCCCACCGUACCCAUCCAAACUCAAAUACUUCGUGGUGUUCCUUCAGCCCCUGGUCAGGUUGUGGCCACAAGAGAAACCGAUACAUCUGUUCUGAUCCAGUGGGCCCCUCCGAAAGAGCCCAAUAACCUUAUUGGCUAUUAUAUUGACUUGUGUGUUAAAGGAUCAAAGGACUGGAUUUCUGCCAACCACAAACCGCACAAGAAGACAGAGUUUGUUGUUCAUGGCCUUAAAACAGGUGAGACGUAUGUGUUCCGAGUGCAGGCCAUCAACGAGCUGGGUCUUAGUGAGGAGUCGCAGGAAUCAGCGCCUCUGUCUGUCAAAGCCGCUCUCAAGCUCCCUUCGGCUCCCUAUGACAUCGCACUCCUCCACUGCGAUGGCCAAACCAUGGUGCUCAACUGGAAGCGUCCUGUCCGCAGCGGGGGUUCUCCGGUCACCGACUAUUACAUAGACAAGUUCAACGUAGCCAAGAAAGCAUGGCACGAGGUCAACGUACCGCCCAUUAAGGAGAGGCUAUACAAGGUUUCAAACCUGACCCCUGGUGCAGUGUAUCAGUUCAGGGCAUAUGCUGGCAAUUUAGUCGGCUUGGGUAAUCCAUCUGCCGCGAGCCCUCUAUUCCGCUGUGAGGCGUGGAACAUGCCUGAGCCAGGUCCAGCCUAUGACCUGAGCACCACUGAGAUCCGGGAUGACUCUCUGGUGGUGGAGUGGAAGACUCCUGUGUAUAAUGGCGGCAGCGACAUCUCCGGGUACUAUGUGGACAUGUGCAAGACAGGUACUGAUACCUGGACCACUGUUAACACCAGUGCUGUGAGCUCCCGCUUUCUAAAGGUAAAGAACUUGGAAACAGGAUCAUCCUACAUAUUCCGUGUACGUGCUGAGAACGCCCAUGGCGUUGGAAAUGCUUCAGUAUCUUCUGACCCAGCGUGUGCCAAGGCACUUCCAGGUGCUCAGGAAAUCAAGUGCGGAGUCGACACCAAGACUGGAGAUAUUUAUCUGUCUUUCGAGAGCUGUCAGAUUACGGAGAAAUCCCAGUUUGUGUGGAAGAAGUCCUAUGAAGAAAUCACAGAUUUCUCCAAAGGAAUUGCAAUUAACACAGCAGGCAGUUGCUCAACUCUGUUUUUCAAGAACCCGGACAUAGAGGACGUAGGCACUUACUCUGUUUCUGUCACCAACACUGAUGGAGCUUCAGCCAGUUACGCAAUCUCAUCAGAAGAAAUGAAGAAAAUGCUGGCACUCAGCCAUGAUAUCCGCCAUCCAAUUAUUCCUCUGAAGACCGAGCUCGCCUACAAAAUUUUGGAGAGAGGUCGCGUGCGCUUCUGGCUGCAAGCUGAGAACAUCUCCUCAGCUGUGACCUACAAAUUCUUUGCCAAUAACAAGGAGCUUGUCAACUGCGAGCAAACUAAAAUGAGACACGAUGUAGCCACGGGCGUUAUAGAGAUGGUGCUGGAUCACUUCACCCAGGAGAACGAGGGCACAUACGCCGUGCAGAUUCAGGACGGGACAGGAAAGGCUCAGUCCUCUCUGGUGCUAAUCGGAGACGCUUUCAAAGCAGCUCUGGCUGAGGCCGAAUAUCAGAGGAGGGAGUACAUCCGUGUGAAAGAGGGACCUCAUUUUAGCCAGUUCCUGUCUGUUCACAUCGGGGAAGAUGCCAGCGUCAGCCUCAUCUGCAAGGUGGCUAAUCUGAAGAAGGAGUCUGCAUUCCACUGGUUUAAAAACGAUGUGGAGGUGAUACCUGAUGUGCCUGCUGACCUGAGCUCUGGAGUCUGUAAACUCCCCCUGCCUCUGUUCUCCAAGAAGGAUGUGGGUGUGUACAAAGCAACUAUCAGCGAUGACCGAGGAAAAGACGAGUCUCAGGUUGAUAUUUCUGGGAAAGCUUUUGACAACAUCAUUACCGAGCUCUCACGUAUUGCUGGGUCCAGCGCGUCCGAGUUGGUGAUCCAGUGCACUGCCGAGGGCAUCAUGCUGCAGUGCCAUAUGAAAUAUUACACAGAGGAAAUGAAGAUCCAAUGGUUGCAAAAGAACUCUAAAAUUGCUGCAUCUGAAAAGAUGCGUGUUGGUGGCACCCCAGCCAUGGCCAGUCUGGAGAUUGUUGAGCCUACUGAAAAAGACAAAGGAGUAUAUACUUUUGUGUUGACAGACAAUGAGAAGACAUACACUCGUAACAUUGAACUGUCUGGGCAAGUCUAUGAUAAUGCCUAUGCAGAGUUCCAGAGACUCAAAGCGGAAGCAUAUGCUGAAAAGAAUCGUGGCAAAGUCAUUGGCGGUCUGCCUGAUGUCGCAACCAUCAUGGAGAAGAAGACCCUGAGCCUGACCUGCACAGUGUGUGGUGACCCAAAACCACAGAUCACUUGGUACAAGAAUGACCAAGAGGUGGAGCCAGGUGACCAGUAUCUGAUCUCACUGGACUCGGGCAAAUUCGCAAGCCUCACCAUCAAGGGCGUGAGUCUAGAUGACUCAGGCAAGUUCACCAUGUGCGUGCAGAACAGAUAUGGUGGCGAGUCGGUGGAUGUCAUUGUCAGUGUCUACAAGCAUGGAGACAAGAUGCCUGACAUCAAGCCCUCACCUGCGCCCAAGAAAAUAUUGCCUCCAACUCAGCCGAUUGUACUCCCUACCCCCAAGGUGACCAGCCCCACCCCUGCUCCAGCCCCAGCCAAGACAGCGCUAACCUCAGGUGUCAAAUCAGCUGGCAUGAAGUCCCCAACUCCUUCCCGGAGGAAGUAAACUGUCCUAUUCUAGACAGAAAGAAGCAGCAGAAAAUGGAAUAAUGGUAUACUGAAAGUUACAUUAAAACAAUGCCAUUUUUCAUCAUUGACUUUGUUAGGAUUUAUAGAAUUUGAUGAAUUGAGUGAAGAAAAUAAAGAGGAAAAAAUGUAAGGAGGGACGGUUUCAUGUUGUAUUAGAUUUCUUUUCCACCCCUUACAAAAUAAAGUGCUUAACCUUUUGGCAUCUGGCUUGCUUAAGUGGGGGUGGGUUUUUAAUGGAUUAGGCUGCCUCUGCCUGGAGGUCCUUUGGUGAAAAAUGGCCAGUGUUUUCAUGUUUACUCCAUUUUAUCAAUAUUUUUCAAAAGCUGCACUUUCAGUCAGGUGGUGGAAUCUUGAGGGAUUUGGAUGGAUGGCCUACAGAGUGCUGGGUUUCUGCUAAAAUACUUCAGAUAAACCUCUUCUCCUCUUCAUCCUCUACUCUCCACACCUUCAUGACCUUCUGCCUGCAUUGGUGUUAUUAAAAAAGGUGUAGUAAUAA